AUGACGACGAAGCGAUUCAGUAUAGGUUACGCGUUGCUACUGAAGAAACAGAAGAGCUUUAUCCAAGAUUCUCUGGUGAAUUUAGCGAAAUCACGCGGUAUCGAUCUCGUUAAAAUCGACACCGAGAAGCCGUUAGUGGAUCAAGGCCCAUUCGAUUUCGUGCUCCACAAGUUAUACGGUGAAGAAUGGAGAAAACAGCUUCAAGAUUACUUAAUUCUCAACCCUAACGCGAUUGUAGUCGAUUUUCCGGAAGCAAUCGAACGGUUACACAAUCGGAUUUUGAUGCUGGAUGUAGUAUCAGAAAUUGAAAAAUUGGAUAAUGAUUUGAGAGACGAUGAAACGGCGUCGCUUGGGAUACCGAAGCAGGUUGUGGUAUACGUGCCGGAGAAGUUGAGUAUUAAUGAAACGGCGUCGUUUGGUGAGGGUUUGAACUUGAAGUUUCCGGUGAUUGCGAAACUGUUGGUGGCUGACGGUAGUGCGAAAUCGCAUAAGAUGUUGUUGGUAUUUAGUAAUGAGGGUUUCGAGAAGCUGAAAAGCCCUACUGUUGUGCAGGAGUUUGUGAAUCAUGGUGGGGUGAUUUUUAAGGUGUAUGUGGUUUUUCGGAUUUCUUUGCUUGUUAUGAAUUUCUUUGUACUCUAA